UAAAUCGUUUCCGGUGGAGUCGAAAUUCGGACGUUUUUGAAUGUUGUUGUUUUCAUGAAUUCUUAUUUUGUGUAGGUCUUAUUUAGGUUAUUCUUUUCAUCAUCUAGCCUACUCGGUAUAAUAUUUAUCCCCAAGAGAAGAGGAAUUCAACAAGUAAAACGAGAACAGUUCAAUGCCUAAGCGACACAAAUCAAGAAGUUUGAGCCCUGCCAGAUUAAAACAUUCACGGAGAAGAUCAGGGAGCCCUCAACCAAAAAUUAAAAAAGAGCCACCAUGGACACCACCUCGAGAUAAAAGAAGACCAGACAGACAUAGAGAACGAUCUGCAGAGAGAGAUGUGGCAAGAGAUAAACAUCAUAUCAAGAGAGAGCGAGGGGAUAGAGAGGACAGACAUACAGACAGGGUCAGAGUGAAGCAAGAGAGAGAAAACAGACAUGACAGACCACACAGACAGAGAGAGAACCAGCAGAGAGAGAGGAGGCAAAAUGACGACCGCAGGCGGGAAAAUCAAAGACACGGUGGAAAUAACCCAUUCAGAAACACGGAGGAAGAUGGACAAGAGUAUGGCCGACCAGGUGACACUAGGGAUAAAAACAAUUCAAAGCCAUUGGAAAAGGAGAAACCGAAUUUCAGCACAUCUGGAAAACUGGCAGAGGAUACUAAUGUUUACAGAGGUGUUGUUAUUAAGUAUAAUCAGCCUCCAGAGGCAAGAAAACCAAAAACAAGAUGGAGGCUUUAUCCGUUCAAAGGUGAAGAAGCUCUUCCUGUAUUACACAUUCAUCGACAGAGUGCGUAUCUCAUUGGGCGAGACCGCAUUGUGGUAGAUAUUCCAGUGGAUCACCCCUCGUGUUCCAAACAGCAUGCAGUUUUACAGUUCCGACUAGUAGAAUUUACGCGGAGUGAUGGUUCAACUGGUCGGCGAGUUCGGCCCUACAUAAUUGAUCUCGGCUCAGCUAAUGGAACUUUUGUUAACAAUAACCAGAUAGAGGCUCAGCGAUUUGUGGAACUCAUGGAGAAGGACAUGAUUAAGUUUGGCUUCAGUUCCAGAGAGUACGUGAUUCUGCAUGAGAAAUCAGACACUUCGGAGGUAGAGGAUCAAGGUGUAAUCUCGGACUGAACUAAUUGUGUUUAAGAGAAAUUAUGGUCAAACUCAGGCAAAUGUGAAAGAAGGGGAAAUUAUGUUGAAAACUUGAAAUUCAUGCUCUGUGUUCCUCAUUCAUUAUCAUGUUUCAUCAUCAUUUUGAACAAAACUGUUAUAUUCUAUUGCACUGUCAUAUGAGCUGCCUCAUAAUCAUGAUUUUUGUAAUAAUUUGCAUAAUUCUAUAUUUUGUUUUAAACUUGGAUGUCAUCUUUAACAAAUUUGCUGUAAAUUAAUGGUAUGCAAUACAAUGUAUACUAUUAUAACAUAAACAUUUCAUAAAACGUUUAUGAAGGUUGUUCCAGUAAGUCACUUGUGAAAACAUGUUUUCAAUUCUUACAUGCAUUAAAAACCUUAAGGACAAAAUACUUUAUGUUCAUUAUUCAUUUAUUGGAUUUUCUAGGAAAGCUUUUCAAUAAUUUUUUGUUUUUAAUAUGUUUUCAUAAUGUACAUCAUAUACAUUUAGUUACUCACAGUCAAUGUAAAUUGGUUGAUGUCAUGAAUAUUGAACAUUAAAGAUUCUUUUAUCUAAA